AUGUCCACAAUCCGCGCCAUCCCCCGCGAGCCUCCAGACCCUCCCACCACCAACCCCCUACAACACCCUCUCAACUCNCCUGCCACACGCUCCCAAACCAGUACUCCCACCACAGUGGCCACACUAACACCCAAUGGUCGCCAUCGAGCCGCUGCUCCCACCCCUGCUGCCCGCACCGCUAUACCUCUGCACCCGUACGCCCAUCGCCGCCCUCCCAGCCCACAUACACCUACCUCUUUAAACAGCUUUGACGGUGUGGUUGAGAUGGCAGGACCACAGAGUUGGCCAGAGGUCAAGAGGAGUUGGUGGAAGAGGUUGUGGAGUUGGGUUAGGGGAUGGGGGUUUCGUUGA